AAUCUUAAUUUUCACAAUCACCAAUGGACGCUAAGUAAUAGCACCCACACAUUGCAGGAGUGUUCGUCGAAUUUCCGCUCCAAGGAACCGGCGACGUUUCGACCCCUUGCCAACCGAAGAAAAGAUGGUAAGGCCAACACACAUGACAUGGUCGUCUCCUUAUUACGGGCCGAAACGUUACCGUCGGCGCGGAUUGUCCCUCGGCACAAGCCGAUAGUAAUUUUAGUGCUGAAGCCCUUCCCCUCACAUAUCGGAGAACCAUUCUCGCUUCGGCUGCAAGAUAAGCAUGUCACCAUGCUUGGUAGGUGGCAAUACGGCGAUGUUAACGACAACAUCGGGAAUGUGGCAAACGGACCAGAAUUAGAGGACUUCGCCCUGCUAUGCGAAUGCGUUGGAGGUUGA